ACAUACAGUUUAAUGUGAGAUUUCCGUUUCUUAGUCACUCUGAGUCUCUCUCAUUUUGUUCGGUCUGAACGUGUUAAAAUACGUGCACGUCAUUAUAAAAACAAAAUAUUUAUAUAUUCAUUGUAAAUAUUAUUUAGUUGGUCAAUUUAUAUUAUAUUUUAAAAGCUGUAAUAAUUUUUGAUUAAUAUUUUGUGUUUUUUUUUUGUGAUUAAAUGUGGCCACCAAAUGGGUGAAAGGUGUGCCAAGUGAUAGACAUAUUAUUAUUUUGUUUUUUUAUAUAUAUUAAAAAUUAAAAAUUAAUUAGUUAAAUAAAUAAUAAAAAAAAUAAAUAAUGCCACUAAGUAUAAAAGUUAACCUUCGGGUUACUGGACAUUGUAAUCAAGGUGGAAGAAAAUAUAUGGAGGAUAUGUUUAGUGUUGCUUAUCAACAAACAUCAGAUGACAAAGAUUUGGAGUAUGCAUUUUUUGGUAUAUUUGAUGGUCAUGGAGGUGGUGAAGCAGCAACAUUUGCCAAGGAACAUCUUAUGGAUAUUAUUGUUAAACAAAAAAAUUUUUGGAGUGACAAGGAUGAGGAUGUAUUAAGAGCAAUACGUGAUGGAUACGUUAACACACAUUAUGCUAUGUGGCGUGAACUUGAAAAAUGGCCAAGAACAGCAUCAGGAUUACCAUCAACAGCUGGUACAACAGCAAGUAUUGCAUUUAUAAGAAAAGGAAAAAUAUAUAUUGGUCAUGUUGGUGAUUCAGGAAUAAUAUUAGGAUAUCAAGAGGAUGGUGAUCCACAAUGGAAAGCAAGACCAUUGACAAAAGAUCAUAAGCCAGAAUCUAUUGCUGAAAUAUCAAGAAUACAAGAAUCUGGUGGUAAAGUUAUUAGUAAAUCUGGUGUACCAAGAGUUGUAUGGAAUAGACCAAGAAUUGGACAUAAAGGACCAGUUAGAAGAUCAACACAUAUUGAUGAAAUUCCAUUUCUAGCUGUUGCCAGAUCACUUGGUGAUUUGUGGAGUUAUAAUUCUGAGCUUGAUACAUUUGUUGUAUCACCAGAACCUGAUGUUAAAGUUGUUACAGUUGAUGUUAAAUCACAUCGUUGUUUAAUAUUUGGUACAGAUGGUCUUUGGAAUAUGUUAACACCUCAAGGUGCUGUAUCAAUUGUUCAAGCUGCUGAAAGACAUAAUGAAAAACAUUUUAUUGCUUCACAACAAACUGGAACUGGUACUGAUCAACAAAUGUGGAUUAAUCCAUCAAAAAGUCUUGUUGAUCGUGCAUUAGAAAAAUGGUCAUCAACACGUUUACGUGCUGAUAAUACAAGUGUUGUAACACUUAUGUUAGAUCCACCAGGACCAUCAAGAGGUGAAGUUUUAAUGAAUAGAAAAAAAGAAAAUAUAUCAACUCAAAAAUGUGUUACAGUACCAAUUCCAUCUUCAUCAUUAGUUUAUCAAACAGUUACAGCACAAAAUGAAGAAUUUAAUAAAAUUCCAGUUAUUCAUGAAGCUGAACCUAUUGUUGAGAAAGAACCAAUUAUAAUAUCACCACAAAUUAAUCAGCCACAAUUACCAAUUGCUGCUAGUGAUAUUAUUCAACCAGAUCAACCAGAUCAACCAGCUGUUUGUGAAAAUAAUAACUCUGAAAUAAUUAAUGAAAAAAUUGACAAUAUUUCUAUAGAUAAAAAUACAAUUGACGUAGAAAUUGAAAAAAUACCUGAAGUUUUAACAGAUCCAGUUGAAUCUUUUGAUGAAACAACAACCACAACAACAACAAGUGAUAUAUCAGAAAAUAUACAAGAUCCAGAAAUAUCAUCAAGUGAUUUAGUUAAUUGUGAAAUUGAAAAUAAUAAUAAAAUAAUAAUUGAGGAUAAAAUAAAUGAACCUGUGAUAGUAGUGAGUGAAAAACCAGAUAGUCCAACUAAAAAUCCAAAUGAAAUUCCAACAAAUGAGAGUACAAUUGAAAAUUUAUCACCUCCAUCAUUAAUAUUAUCUCCAGAAAAACCAAAAACAGUACUAGAUAAAUCUAUAAAUGACUGUGAUAAAUUUAAAUUACCAUUAUCAAAACUUGAUACUCAGCCAAAUAAUAAAUCACCAAGUGAAUCACGUAAACGUUCAACAAUCAAUAAUUCUGAUACAUCAAAUAUUGUUAAAAUAUCAACAUCAAAAACUGAAUUACGCAGUGCCAAAAGACGUCUAAGUAUAAAUUCAACACAAUCACAAAUUAUGCCAGCAACAUCAUCACAAGAACAACAACAACAAUUAAUAACAUCACAAUCAACAAUUGAAUCAAGACUUAAAAAUUCAACAAAAGAUAUAUCUGAAACAACAGCAACAACCACAACAACAACUACCACUACUACAACAACAACUACAACAAUAAUUGAUGAAUCAAUAACAUCAAAAAGACGACACAGUUCAACACUAGAUGAACAAGAAGAAAAAGAAACAAUUUCCGAAGAACCAUUAACAAAACGUAGAACGCGUUCAGAGGAUCAAAGAUGUCCACCAACUGAUGAAAAUAAUCCAAUAAAUAAAGACAAAAAAAAUCAUGACACAUAUCGUUUACGUUGGCCAAGUCAUCAAUCAUCAUUAUCACAAAAAACACGUAAAAGUACACCAAGUACAUCAUGUACAUAUAAUAAUAAUAAUAAUAAAACAAUUAAAGAUAAUAAUAAUGAUAAAAUACCAUCACCAACAUCAUCAUUUCAACGUAGAAGUCUUGAGAAAAAAGCAACACCAGUUAAAACAAUAAGACGUCCAUCAAUAAAUGGCUCAAAUAAAGUACAAUUAAGAGGUAAUUUUACAUUGAGAGAUUGGGAUCAGUCAAAAACAUCAAGAAGAUCAUGUCCAGAACGUUCAAGACAUAAUCGUACAAUACAAAUUGAUCAACAAUUAUUAACAACAACAACAACACCACAAAGAUGGCUAAGAUCAGAUACAAUUGCAGCAACACCAAUUAAAACAUUACGUUCAAGAAAUGUUGAUAUAGCUGGUCAUACUGUACCACCACAAAUUGCUCAUCAAUAUGGUAUUGUUAAACAAAAUCGUAUUGCUGCAUUAUCUGGUAAAAUUAAAUUAACUGGUACAAAUAAAAUUAAAACACAAUCAAUUGUGUCUUCAUCGUCUUCAUCUUUACCAUCAACAUCAACAACUUCCUCAUCAUCAUCAUCAUCAUCAUCAACAUCACAAAUUAUUAAUGGUAAAUUAAAAACAAAUAAUGUUAUUGGAUCUUCUUCAUCGUCAAAUGCUAGUCCUAGUAUUGCCAAGAGGGUCAAAUCUAUUCCAUAUAAUCCUAGUGCUAGAUCACUUGGUACUCGUUCUCGUCUUAAACGUCUUGGAAAAUAACAAAAUUUAUUAGUCAUUAAUUUGUCUUUUUCUUUUUUUUUAAAUAUUUUUUUAUUUUAACAAAAAAACAAUGUCUAUAUUUUCGUUUUUUUGUAUUCUUUACUUUAUAAAAAAUAUUCAUAAUAUUUCUAAACAAUUUUUUUUGUUUUUUUCGUUUUCGUUUUUUUCGUCAAAUAAAAAAAACAAAUUAUAGAAGACUAUACUCGUAAAAUAUAAUAUUAGAAAUCUGAUAUAAUUAAUUAAUUUUUUUUUUUUUUUUUUUUUAAUAUUUUUGAGCACAGUUUUAUCAUACUUCCAAGAGAAAAAUUUAAAAUACUUCCCUCACUUGUUAUACGUUAUUUGAUGGGACACACAUCAAAAUAAUCAUUUUUUUUUUUUCUUAAAGUUCAUUUGUUAAUUUUACUUAACACACAAUGUAUCUACUCCAUGUAGAUAAUUAUUGUUUUUUUUGUUUCGAAUAAGUUGUCUAUUUCUAAAUAACAAAAGCGAAAAAAAUCUAAAAAAAUUUUUACUAUGUGACACACAGAUAAAUCAUUUGUAAAGAAAAAAAAAAAAAACAAACAAUAAAUUCUAUUAUUAUUAUUAUUAAUUAUUAUUAUAUUUAAGAAAUUGUGCCUAUUAAGUUACCAAGCUAUGAGCACGAUGAACAAAAGCUCGUAAUGAAUUUUAAAAAAUUAUGAAAAAAAAAAAAAAAAACCAAGUGUUGACGAUUAGAGUUAUAUCUCAA